GCAUGAGGGUGAGCCAGGGCACUGAGGGCACCCAUAAUAACUUCACCGUCCACCACCUAAAAUGGGGUCUAAGGUCGAAGACCAAUAGGCACUGACUUGGCGGAUCAAGAUCGCCGACUCUUCGCUCCGACUCCAAUGCUUCAACAUCCAUUCAUCUUAUCGUCGCUGGCCGAUGUGACUCAGUGAGAACUUCGUUGUAGGAACGACUUCUGCAAUUCCGCCGCAGCAAUGCAGGCUCUGGGCGCGUCGCCGUUCUUCCUCUGCUCGGCGCUCGAGGGGACCAUGGCUGCCUCGACGAACUCCGCACCGCAUCUACUGCGAUCCUCGUCCAUUGCACUAAGUAAACGAUUGUUAUCGAGCAGCAAUCGUCAGCUUUCCUCUUCUGAAUUCCAUCGCUCCGACUUUGCCAACCAGCCGUUCACUGGCUCCUACGAACCUGGAACGCCUACGAGUGGCCCACUCGGAGGCGCAUCCAUCUAUGGCACGCCACGACUCACACCGAAAAUGCUCAAGCAGCAUCUCGACCAAUUCGUGGUCGGCCAGGAGCGGGCCAAGAAGGUCCUUAGCGUUGCAGUAUUCAAUCACUAUCAAAGGAUACAAGAGUUGCAGAGAAGAGAAGAGGAGGAAGAAGAGCUGAUGGCCCGGCGAGAGAGAAGGGAGCGCCAUCCUGUUGAGGACGAAUUCCCUGGUCAACAAUCGACGAUUCGCAUGGGCGGAGGCCAGCCACCAGCAUUCGAUCCCCGAACGAGUGGUACACCGUUAGUGGACACAAGUCCAUUGACGUUGGAGAAGUCAAACAUAUUGCUUUUGGGCCCAAGUGGUGUAGGGAAAACGUUGAUGGCUAAGACAUUAGCACGUGUGUUGUCAGUGCCUUUCUCGAUGUCCGACUGUACCCCAUUCACUCAGGCUGGAUAUAUCGGCGAGGAUGCUGAAGUCUGUGUACACCGAUUGCUGGCUGCGUCAAAUUAUGAUGUUGAACGAGCCGAAAAAGGUAUAAUAUGUCUUGACGAAGUCGACAAAAUUGCGACGGCAAAGGUCAGUCAUGGUAAAGAUGUCUCCGGGGAAGGUGUACAGCAAGCAUUGUUGAAGAUCAUCGAAGGUACAACCAUUCAGAUACAAGCAAAGCCCGAACGAAAUGCACCACGAGCUGGUGGGCAGUCCCAAUCAUAUCCGACCAACAGCCCGUUAGGUGCUGGUUAUUCUGCUGGCUCGACAGGCGCUGCAGCAACUCCCGCCAAAGGUGACGUCUACAAUGUCAGGACUGACAACAUUCUUUUCAUAUUCAGUGGAGCCUUCGUCGGGCUCCAGAAGCAUAUCAUGGACCGUCUGAUGAAAGGAAGUAUCGGAUUUGGAGCCAGCGUCCGUUCGAGCUCCAACCUGCACUCGUAUGCUCGUGACCAGAAAUCAACGAGCCAUGCUCCAGUGCCGAUACUGCCCGGCUCCCAGGAGGAGGAACUAUAUAAAAAGCAUUUGCCAUUUUUCACCCCUACUGCGGCACCUGAACAAGCAUCACCCGAUGGAAAUCCAAUCGAACCGAAUUACUUCAACCCGCUAGAUCUGGUCAUACCGGCCGACCUGCAGUCUUAUGGCUUCAUUCCCGAGCUUGUUGGCCGUAUACCUACAGCUGCCGCUUUGGCUGCCCUUACACAUCCGUUGCUACUGCGCAUCCUCACCGAACCUCGCAACAGCCUUGUAGCCCAGUACGUUACACUAUUCUCGCUUUCGGGUAUAGAACUGCGUUUCACCACACCGGCUUUGCAUGCUAUCGCCUCGAACGCGCUCACAAUGGGGACAGGAGCACGUGCUUUGCGUACUGAGAUGGAAACCAUUCUUGGCGAUGCCAUGUUUGAGGUACCGGGAAGCAGCGUGAAGUAUGUUCUUGUCACAGAGCGUGUAGCUAAACGACAGGAGGGCGCUGUCUACUUUGGCAGGGGUCAAGGUGGAAAGUUUCAUGCCAUGAUUGCUCAAGAAGAGGGCGAUUGGGAGGACAAGCAGAAGCGGAAAGAGGACGGACGCAAAGCGGAGAGAAUGACUGCUAGCUUUGAGGACUGGAGGACGAAAUCGACUAUUGCGGCUGGAAGCGGAGGUUGAAAGCCUGCUGUAUUGGACAUUGAUGAUUAUGAUGAUUGACGACGAAUGAACACAUGGGAGCAAUCUGGGGAAACUGCCUGCGUAUUUUACAAUUGCCGAUGGCCGAUACCACAACAUCAGCAAUGACAGAGCAGCUUCGCCUUGCUCCUUGGCGACGAACAUCCUUCAGACUGAGGGAGGGCUCCCCUUCUCGCUGCUUCGCCAAAGA